UUGUUAGAGUCCGUUUUGUUGUGGUUAUGAGUGUGUCGGGCUCGUCUGGCUGAAGUUUCCAACUCAAGUCCGGUUACAGAGCUUUACGAUUACCUCUCUGUACGCCUGAGUGAGACUCUAAGAGCAAAAGUGCCUUCAUCAGCUGAUUCUGCUUUGCUAACCCUUGACACCUUGUGUUUUUCUGCAGAAGCCCAAUUUAAAAGCGGCAAAAAAGCAGCGCGGCGAAUCAUGAAUCUACAAUGAAAGACUCAGGGGAACAUCUGAGACUUCGUUGGGGCUGUCCGGGACACUUUCAGCCACCUCGAUCAUUAGAGAGGAAAUCCAAAAGAGAUAUUUGUAAUUUCUGACUUCCUAACCGGCCAAAUUGGAGAACUACCUGGAUGUGUGGACGACAUGGCCUGCCCACAGCAGCCUGAUCUGUCAUAUGCGUGGGAAAAAUAUAUGGACUGUAGACUGCAAGGAGCUGAUCUGCAGGUCAGCCUUCAGAGUCUGGAGAAUUUCCUCUGUCUCUUUCAUUAUGUGCAGCACAGCCCCAAUCACGGCACCAAAGAUGGACUGAAAUUCUGCUUUCAGAAAAGAAUCUCUUCAUCUGGAGUGUCCUCCAGUCUCCUCUACUCAGACAUGAGUGGGGCCAGUAACACACUGGCGAGAGAGUUCCUUACCGAUGUACAUCAACUAUGCAGUGCCGUGGCUCAGAGAGCUGAAGCGCGGGAAGAUGAGGAGGAGAGUCACAUGGUGGCUCUUGGCGAGUACCUGGUCAGGGGACGGGGGUUCCUGUUGCUCAGCACCCUGGACUCAAUCAUUGACCAGGAGCUUACAUGUCGGGAAGAGCUGCUCACUUUGCUGCUGUCUUUACUCCCGCUGGUCUGGAAGAUUCCCGUGCAAGAGGAAAAAGCUCCAGAUUUCACCCUGCCGUCUCUACUGGAGGUAUUCCUUAGUCGGGAGGUGAGAGCCGUCCCUCUAAGAGCAGGACAGAAGGCUGUGACAGAUGAGCAGAGCUCUGGGAAGAGGUCCCGUGUUGGGAGUGGCACCUGGAAGUCACGGAGAUCGCGCAGAACAGCGCAGAGAUACUCUGUAAAAGAUGCCCGCAAGUCCCAGAUUUCCACGUCAGAUUCGGAGGCUAACUCCGAAGACAGAGUUGUCUCAGGCUCGGGUGGAGCCCGGAGCCGAAGAUCUCAUGGCUCCACCAUCCAGGUAAGCUGCCAGCAUCAUCGCUCAGAGGCCUCACAGUUAACCUCCACUGCCACCAACACAGAAACAAUGAGUGCUCCAUACCCCCAUCCCAGAACCUCUGGGUACCAGAUGGUCGACAAUGACACCCUGACGGACCCAGCAGCAAUUUCAAUCUUCAACCGCAUGGAGAAUUCCCCCUUUGAUCUCUGCCAUGUGCUGCUGUCCCUGCUGGAAAAGGUGUGUAAGUUUGACAUGAGCAUUAACCACAACCCUGGCCUGGCUGUCAGUGUGGUGCCCACGCUCACAGAGAUCCUAACUGAGUUUGGAGAUUGCUGUGGUCCAGGGGGUGGAGGUGGCAGUGUGACGGGGGCAGAGGAGCUUGCUGGAGGCUGGACGGAGGAGCCGAUAGCACUCGUUCAGAGAAUGCUGCUACGCACCAUCUUGCACCUGAUGUCAGUGGAUGUGAGUCAAAAUGACCGACUCCCGGACAGCCUGAGACGCAGUCUGACAGACUUACUGAGAUCCACCCUCAAAAUCAGGAGCUGCCUGGACAGACAGAGUGACCCUUUUGCUCCUCGUCCCAAAAAGACUUUGCAGGAGGUUCAGGAGGACUUCUCUUUCUCCCGUUAUCGCCACAGAGCGCUGUUGCUUCCGGAACUUUUAGAGGGAGUCUUGCAAGCGUCCACAUCCAACCCCUUCUUCUUCAGCCAGGCCUUAGAGCUUAUCCAUGAAUUUGUGCAGCACGGUGGACUUGGGCUCUUUGAGGCCACAGCUCUUCGACUGGAAGGUCUUGGUAGGGCGAAGGACUCUGAAGUCGGGGGAGAGGCUGCAGAGCGGCUGCGCAGUCUAAUUGCAGGCAUCUUCAAGAUCAUCAGUGCUGUCAAGAAGGCCAAGUCAGAGCAGCUGCAUCAGUCAGUUUGCGCUCGCCGCCGCCACCGUCGCUGUGAAUAUUCCCACUUCCUUCACCACCACAGAGACCUGUCGGGUUUGCCCGUCUCUGCUUUCAAGCAGGGCGUGAGAAGAAACCCCUUUGAAGAGGACGGAGAAGGCGCGGAGGGAGUUGAGGGAGAUGUAGUCCGCUACCCUGAGCGCUGCUGCUGCCUGGCCGCCUGCGCCCACCAGUGUCUGCGGCUCCUGCAGCGGCUGUCGCCCAGCGGGCCGGCCGUGCUGCAGGUCUUGGCUGGGGUUCAGGCUGUGGGGAUCUGCUGCUGCAUGGACCCUCGUUCGGUUGUAGGACCCCUUCUACACGCUUUUCAGGCUCCAGGGCUGCGCAAUUACCAGUCUCAUGUACUCAGCGUGCUAGGCAGGCUGAUCCUAGACCAGCUUGGCGGGGGCCAGCCAUCGGAGAAAGCCAAACUGGCCUCCUGUAAUAUCUGCACUCUGGACAGCAGCCAGCUGCCCGGCCUGGAAGAGACACUGCAGCAAGGGGAAACUUCAACUGUUUCGACCAGUUUGUGUUACCGCUCCCAGGGUAUACUGCCAAGUGGAGGUGGAACCGAGGACAUGCUGUGGAAGUGGGACGCUCUGGAGGCCUACCAAGAGCUAGUGUUUGGUGAGGACUGGCAGCUGAGCCAGCAGGUAGCCGGCCAUGUGUGCCACCUGACGUUGCGGGGCAAUGCUAUUGUGCAGUGCAAGCUGUACACACACAUCUUCAACCCCGUGCUGCAGAGAGGGGUAGAGCUGGCACACCAUGCCCAGCAGCUGGGGGUUUCCACAGUCUGCACUCAGGUCUGCAGCUAUCACUCCCAGUGCCUGCCAGUGGAGGUUCUGCUCGUCUACCUGCAAACGUUACCUGCACUCCUAAAGUCAAGGGUGAUCAGAGACCUUUUCAUCAGUUGUAAUGGACUUAACCAGGUUACAGAGCUCGUCUACCUGGACCAGACCCGUUCUUUGGCUUUGAAGGUGUUUGAAACUCUAAUCAUAGGCAUCCGCCAUCAACAAGCUGAUGGGAUUCUUCAAGAGCUGGAAAGUGCAGAUGCUGAAGAAAGGGAAGCUGUCUUAGGCCUGGCCGAGGACUUGGGGUGCAGGGGGGUCGGAGAGGGACCACAGAGCCUCACCAAGUUCUACGAAGGCCUGAAGGACGCAUACCCACAUCACAAGAGCCGGAGUGGGCAUGCGCGUGGACCCACACGCAGCCGAACAGAGACUCACCUUCAUGUCAUCAACCUGUUCCUGUGUCUGGCCUUCCUGUGCGUCAGCAAGGAGGCUGAUUCUGACCGGGACUCAGCCAAUGACUCAGAGGACACUUCAGGUUAUGACAGCACUGCAAGUGAACCCCUAGGUGGACGCCUGCCCUAUCUGUCCCCAGACAGCGUGGCCUUGCCCUCCAAAGAGCAGUUACAGCGCGCCGCCGAUGUCUGGUCAGUGUGCCGGUGGGUCUACAUGGCCAGCCCGCUUUUCCAGAGGCAGUUUUUCAGGCUAGGAGGACUGGAUGUGUGCUUGCGUCUUAUGGCCAUGGUUAUUCAGAAGCUCUCUUGUAAGACCAAGGAUGGAAAAGCAAAGAAGAAGAGAGAUGGUAAAGGCAAAGGAAGCCCCGAAUCACACAGUCAACCCUCUCUGGGACUGGAGGAGACCGACAUCCACGGCACCAGCUCAAGUGAGGGAAAAACCAAAGAUCCCGCAAAGAGGCUUGAGGAAGAGUGGCAGUUACAAAGUAUUCGACUCCUUGAGGCUUUGCUGGCUAUCUGUCUGCACAGUGCCAACUCAGCCCUGCAGAGAAUAGAGCCAGAGCUUUCUCAUCAGCUCCAGUCGGUUGAGGAAACUCUGUUUGAGGUGAGGGACCAGCUGGCUCGCUCGGGGGUGGUGAACUCUGACCUCGCCAUACCCCUGUUUGACUCUCUCCUUAGAGUGGCCCUAGCGGAGGUUUUGUCUUGUCCUGAUCCUCCAGAGGAGAAGCAAGACAGGAAACUCCAGGUACUGGUGGAGGGGGUGGCCCCAGCAGGCGAUCUGUCUGAGGAGGUGGAUGAGGUGCAGAGCUGUAGCGUCAAACUCCCGGGGGAGGAGGAGGGCUACGACGCUGACAGUGAAAGCAACCCCGAGACCAUGGCUAAGCAGGAAGAGGGAGGGAAGGUGGAGUCAGCCGGGUCGCGGGAGUUUGCGGCGGCGGUGGCGGCGGACGGGCCCGGGCGUGGUGUGCUGCUGUUCCCUGAGAUCUGCACGAUGGAACUGCAGCUUCUUGCAUCAGGCUCUCCGGACCUGGAGGUUCUGAGUCAUGUGUUUCACAGCCUCCUGGGUGCAGUACACGCAAACUGCCGCAAUGCUGCCCUGCUGUAUGACCAGGGAGGAGUCAAAACCAUCCUAUGUGGCUUUCAUAAAAUCCUCAGUCAAACCAACCCCUCCUUUACAGAUUGUCAGACCGUGCUUGUGGAGCUGCUGGUUGCCAUGGUGAGCCGGCGAAUAACGGCAGAGGAACUGGCCCUAUUGAUCCGCCUCUUCCUGGAGAAGACCCCACCUACUGAUAUUUUGCUGAAAGGUAUCUUACAAGUAGUUGAGGCCAACAUGAAUAUUGAACCUCUUCACUUUAUGGCAUUUCCAAUGAUGCUUGGGGCAUCAGCGCUGGGUGGUUUGUCCCCUGCCUCCAGACAGAGCUGUGCUACCGGAGGAAAAAGCGUUGGUUUGCUCUGGAAGGGAAAACUGUCUCCUGGUCACAGAGAGGGCGACGCCGAGUGCAGACCGAGCCACCUCCGCUCUUCACCCUGGCACGUCGCUCCUCUGCACCUGCCUCUGAUGGGGCAGAACUGCUGGCCCCAUAUGGCCAGCGGCUUCAGUGCUUCUAUGUGGCUGAGGGUGACAGAGCAGGAGGAGAACGAGGGGGGCAAAGCACAGGAAGAAAGUAAUCCUCCUGCGGCUGAAUCCCAGCAUGGCUUGUCUCAGGCAGUCACAACAUUAGCAGAGGAAGGUCUGAUUCAUAUUCUGUCCAUGGGCUCCAAAGCACUGAUGCUUCAAGUGUGGGCAGACUUCUCUACAGGAUCUCUGACAUUCAGGAUUUGUAUUGAUCCAAACGAUGACGUAAAAGCAGGCGUGUUGGCCCAGGCAGACUCUGGUAAGGGGUUGAUCAGACGGGGGCAGUGGCAGCACCUCAGCAUCACUUACAGCCAGCAGCCGGAGGGCAAGAAAAACAUCCACGGGCGUGUGGUUGUCUGGGUGUGUGGCAUCUGGAAAUGCGAGGUUUCCCUGGACUAUACCCUUCCCAGAAAGUCCAGUUUAUCAUCCGACAGCAACAAAACCUUCUGCAUGUUGGGCCACUGCACGGCAUCGUGUGAGGAGCUGCUGAGGCAGGGUCUGCGCUGGAGUAUGGGCACUGUGCUUCUCUUCAAUGGAUCUAGAAUAGGCUCUGACGAGGCCUUCUACCUCUACUCCAGUGGACCUGACCUCACAUCAAUCAUGCCCUGCAAGUAUGGCAAGCCAAAAGGAUCAUUGUCCAAGUUUAUCACUCAGGAUGGUCUAAAGUGUGAGCAUGUGAGGGAGAUCCUGAUGAAGAACAAGGAUAUCGACACAACAGCUUUGGUUGAGAGCUUGGCAGUGGUGUAUGCUCCCAGCAGGCCCAGAGUCUACACAAUCUAUGAACCGGUAAUCAGGCUGAAAGGUCAGGCCAAGACGGUGGUCACCCAGAGGCCCUUCAGCUCCAAGGAGGUGCAGAGUGUUUCAUUUGACCCCAGCACGCUCAAAGCUCUGCUUCCCACUGAAACUCAGGGCCUGCAGAGCGUCCUGCACAAGAUUGGAGGAACAGGAAAUUUUGUCUUUCUCUUUGCACAGACGGUGGAGCUCAGCGACUGUGAGAAGACCCAGGCUCUGGCCCUUCGAGUGCUGCUGUCUCUGUGCAAGUUUAACCAGCACCGCAUACAUGAAAUGGACUGUUACCAUGGUUACUCUAUGAUCCAUCAGGUCCUCAUCAAGCCCAAAUGCAUCGUAGGAUAUCAUGUGCUGAAAACCUUACUUGAUGGGUGUUGCAGUGGACCAAUCCUCAUCCUUGGGGACGACGGUCAGUUCCGGCUUGACACUGAGUCAGCUGCUGUUGUGCAGGACAUAAGGAUGCUUUCAGACAUUCUGCUGGACUGGAAGAUCUGGGCCAGGGCCGAGUGUGGAGUCUGGGAAACAUUGCUUGCUGCCCUGGAGAUCCUCAUUAGGGUGCACCAUCCUCAUCAGGUGUACAACAUCCGUCAGUUCCUCAAUGCUGAGGUUGUCCAUCGUUUCCUGCUUACAUGCCAGGUUUUACAGGAGCAUCGGGACGAGCAUCUGACAGCCAUUCCUCAAGAGGUCUGCUUGUCCUUCAUCAAGAUCAUCCAGGAAGUACUCGGGUCUCCUCCAGACAUGGAUCUGCUAAAACUGAUCUAUAACUUUCUGCUGGCUGUUCACCCGCCGACCAACACCUACGUCUGCCAUACUCCAUCUAGUUUCUACUUCUCACUACACAUAGAUGGGAAGCUCUACCAGGAAAAGGUGCAGUCCAUUAUGUACUUGAGACACUCCAACAGUGGAGGGAAGUCUGCCAGCAGCUCUGUGAUGUCACUCUCUCCGACUGUUUUCACUGAUGCUCCCCAUGAAGGUCAUUUGCAAGGUCCCUCCACUGAGCAUGGAGGCGAUGAUCAGUCGUUACGCCCCCCUGUUCUUGCUUUAUCUCCGUACACCUCGCCUCUGCUGACUCCUCGGCUGGGAAACGGCAGCUCGAGUGAAGCAGGGGAAAGCGACGGGGUGUCCCUCACCUCUCAGCAAACCCUCGGCAGCACGGAGACUCUGAAGAAGGUCGGAGGUGACGAGCAGCUCCUGAGCAGCUGCGAGUCAGCCCAGACAAUCUGUGACUCCAAGGAUGCAGGCGAGGGAGUUGCCCUGCGCACCCCAUCCAUCAGCGUGGAGGAGGAGAGGGACGAGGCUGCGGAGGUGGACAGUCUGGCAGAGGGCAGCGUGGGAGUGGCAGAGUCCGAGGACAGGUUUGACUGGGCCAGCGAUGAGGCACCACGGCGCCCUGACAGUCUGAAAGGCAUCCAGUCCUUCCAGAGGAGCCACAGCAACCUGGCCAGUCUGGGUCUGGCUUUCCCAGUUCCAAAUGGUUCGUUGGCAGCCGGCCGAUGGCCCAGUGCAGCUGACCGCGGCUCCAUGCCUGAAGACUGGGAAAGCUACACCUACUCUCCUGGUUAUGAGAGGGCACAGAGCAAAGCUGAGUCCAGCACAGAGGACUGCUUGGUGCUGGUCUGCUGUGGACUCUACGAUCUUUUGAGGGGUGUCUUACUGCUGCUGCCUGACCUCAUGCUUGAGGAGGUGAUGGACAAACUCAUCCAGCCAGAGGCACUGAUUGUCCUGGUCAAUCAUUCCUCACCUCUUAUCCAGCAAGGAGUCAUGAAAUUGCUGGAUGCCUAUUUCAGCAGGGCUCUCAAAGAACAGAAGGAGAAGUUUCUGAAGAACCAUGGCUUCUCCCUGCUGGCCAACCAGCUUUACAUCCACCAGGGCAGCCAGGGGCUGCUUGAAUGCUUCCUGGAGAUGCUGUUUGGACGCCCCAUGGGCCUGGAGGAAGACCUGGACCUGGACGAGAUGGAAAAUAUCUCUCCCUUCAGAAAGCGCUGCAUCAUCCCCUUGCUGGGUCUGAUUGAAAACUCUCUUUAUGAGAACUCCCUGGUGCACAACAUCCUUUGUAUGCUGCUGCAGCUCGUCAAUGCCUGCCCCAAGCUGGCAGACAUCCUGCUAGACCACGGGCUGCUCUACGUGCUCUUCAACACCCUCUCCACCCUAAAUGGCAUGGAGAACGGUAUUCCCCUGAAUGACUACAAGCUCCUGGUGUGUGAUAUCCAGCAAAUGUUAGUAGCCGUGACUAUCCACUCCUGCAGCUCUUCAGGGUCCCAGUAUUUCCGCAUCAUCGAAGACCUCAUUACCUUGCUGGGUUUUAUGCAGACCAGCAAGACGCGCCGCACCCAAGAGAUGGCUGUGGCUUUGCAGUUCCGAGUCCUCCAGUCAGCGAUUGAGUUCAUAAAGACAACAGCCAACCAGGAACCUCGGAAGCUGAGCAGUUCCGUCAACACGCCGAGUUCUCCGCAUCACGCCCUCUAUCAGAAGCGUAAGAGCAUCGCAGGUUCCAUUGCUAUGAAAGACUCCAUUAUCCCCCGCAUCCCCAGACAGCACUACUGCUCCUACGGCCAGAUCCCCAUGUCUACACCCUUCAGCUUCCUGUCCCAGGACAGCUCCCUCCCCUCCCCUUCUAGUUCUCCAUCAUACAUGCUCCACUGUGAUGCAGGUCGGCGCCGGUUCUCUCUGGCCCAGACCGACUCUCUUCUGAUGCGGAUGCGUUCCGUCGCCAGCGAUGAGCUCAGCCAGAUGAUGCAGAGGAGGAUGAGCCAGGAAAACCCCAUUCGUGCCAGCGAGACUGAGUUUGUCCAGCGACUGCAGAGGCUUGUGGUUCUUGCUGUCAACAGACUCAUUUACUAUGACGUGAGUCAGGACUUGUUUGAUCUCCUGAAUAUCCCAGACUCCCCUGACCAUCAGAUCCUCACACCAGAUCCAGGUGAUCAACCUCAUGAUGAGGGUGGGUCCACCUCGGUCCCACACUCUCCGACGCCCUUCACUCUUCCCCCCGCAAACAAGAAGAGCUUUCAAAAAGACAUCCUCAAACUAAUGAUGGACGGGAUCAAAAUCAGCCUGGGCAGCACUGGGCGCGGGGGAACCCCCCAUCAUCAGUGGCGAAGGAUCCUUUGGUCCUGUCGGGACACUUUCAGGGUCCAAAUUGGCCGUCUGCUAGUGCACACACUCAGCCCAUCACAUCCCCUGUCAGACCGGAAGGAGGCUCUUGAGUUUGUGUUUGAUCCCAGACAUUUGGAUAUCCUCAAGGAGAGCCUCAGUCCGGGUUUAGAGCACGGGCCAAAGCUGUCGCUAUACCUAUACGAGAUGCUGCACGAUCACAAAGACGAGCUCACCAAAGAAGAGCAAGGCGCUGUUGGCGUGUUCAUGACCUCGCUGAAGCUGUGCGGACAUCGCUGCAUCCCACCAAACGCUCCCCACAAACAAGACCUGCUCAAAGCCAUAAAAGAGGAAAAGUUCAAGUAUGAAGCGGAGGAGAAAACAAGUAAAGUGGCUUGGGAAAAGAAAAUGGCAAAUACCCAAAGGAAUCUCAUCCAGAGGCUGGAUGGAAAGUCAAAGGACAUUUCCAAGAUUGCAGCUGAUAUCACUCAGAAUGUGUCUCUGCGGCAAGGGAUGGAGAGAAAAAAGGUCAUUCAGCACAUCAGGGGCCUUUAUAAGACCGACCUGAGCGCCAGCCGCCACUGGCAGGAGCUGGUGCAGCAGCUGACACAUGACCGGGCGGUUUGGUAUGAUCAGACAUCCUACCCAACAUCCUGGCAGCUGGACCCCACUGAAGGGCCUAACCGAGAGCGGCGACGCCUUCAGAGAUGCUACCUCACCAUACCAAACAAAUACCUGCUCAAAGAUAGACGCAAAGCUGAAGAUGCUGUGAAGCCGGCGCUGUCCUUCCUGUUUGAGGAUAAGACACAUUCUUCCUUCUCCUCUACUGUCAAAGACAAAGCCACCAGCGAGUCCAUCAGGUUCACCAGACGGUGCAUCAGCGUCGCCCCCUCAAGAGAGACAGCAGGGGAGCUACUUCUAGGAAAGUCUGGGAUGUACUUUGUGGAGGACAACGCUGCUGAUGCUCACGAGAGUCAGAGCCUUCACGGGGAGACCGAGGCGCCUUCUUUUUCCUGGACCUAUGAAGAGAUUAAGGAGGUGCACAAGCGAUGGUGGCAGCUCAGAGACAACGCUGUGGAGAUAUUCCUCACCAAUGGCAGGACCCUGCUGUUAGCCUUUGACAACACCAAGUUCCGAGACGACGUCUACCACAACAUCCUGACCUCUGACCUUCCAAACCUGCUCGAGCACGGGAACAUCACGGCGCUCACACAUCUGUGGGGCUCAGGCCAGAUCACCAACUUCGAGUACCUCACACACCUCAACAAGCAUGCAGGGCGCUCGUUCAACGACCUCAUGCAGUACCCGGUGUUCCCCUUCAUCCUGCGCGACUACACCAGCGAGACGCUCGACCUGCAGGACCCCAACAUCUACAGGAACCUAAUCAAACCCAUUGCAGUCCAGUCAAAAGAGAAAGAGGAUCGCUAUGUUGAUAAUUACAGGUACCUGGAAGAGGAGUACAAAAAGGGCAUUCGUGAGGACGACCCCAUGCCUCCUGUUCAGCCUUACCACUACGGCUCACACUACUCCAACAGUGGCACUGUGUUGCACUUCUUGGUUCGAAUGCCCCCUUUCACAAAAAUGUUCCUCGCCUACCAGGACCAGAGCUUUGAUAUCCCGGACCGGACGUUUCAUUCCAUGAACACCACAUGGCGCUUGUCUUCCUAUGAGUCCAUGACUGAUGUGAAAGAGCUGAUCCCAGAGUUUUUUUACCUCCCUGAAUUCCUGGUGAACAGAGAGGGUUUUGAUUUUGGGGUUCGUCAGAAUGGUGAGCGGGUGAAUCACGUUAAUUUACCCCCAUGGGCUCGCAGCGACCCGCGUCUCUUCAUCCUGAUCCACCGACAAGCACUGGAGUCCGACCAGGUCUCCCAGACUCUUUGUCAGUGGAUCGACUUGGUUUUCGGGCUCAAGCAAAAGGGCAAAGCUGCUGUUCACGCCAUCAACGUCUUCCACCCAGCUACCUAUUUUGGCAUGGACGUGUCAGCCGUGGAGGACCCAGUCCAGCGACGGGCCCUGGAGACAAUGAUCAAAACCUACGGCCAGACUCCCAGGCAGCUCUUCAACACUUCACAUAUCAGCAGGGCGGGGCCCAAACUAAUGAUGGAGGGGGAGCUCCCGGCAGCCAUGGGGCUCCUGGUUCACCUGGCCUUCAGAGAGACGAGAGAGCAGGCCAAAGAAAUCAUCUGCCCGGUAAUCCAGUCCGCAGUUGUUGGAGUGCUGUGCGCUGAGGAGAGCCCUCUUCCAUGGAUCAAAGGUUUGAAGUGGGGUGAGUAUGUGGGCUCGCCCUCUGCUCCAGACCCAGUGGUGUGUUUCAGCCAGCCACAUGGAGAGAGGUUCGGAUCCCUGCUGGCUCUGCCAACUCGAGCCAUCUGCGGCCUGUCUCGCAAGUUCUGCCUCAUGAUGAUUUACAGCAAGGAGCAGGGUGUGCGGAGCAUGCACAGCACGGACAUCCAGUGGUCGGCCAUCUUGAGCUGGGGCUACGCUGACAACAUACUGAGGCUGAAGAGCAAGCAGAGCGAGCCGCCCAUCAACUUCAUUCAGUGUUCACAGCUUCACCAGGUGACCAGCUGCGCCUGGGUGCCUGAUGGCUGCCAGCUAUUCACGGGCAGCAAGUGCGGAGUCAUCACCGCCUACAGCAACCGCUUCACCAGCACCACGCCGUCGGAGAUGGAGGUGGAAUCUCAGGCUCACCUGUACGGCCACACGGGGGAAGUCACCAGCCUGUUUGUCUGCAAGCCCUACAGCAUCCUCAUCAGCGUGAGCACGGACGGCACCUGCAUCCUGUGGGACCUCAACAGACUGUGUUACGUUCAAAGCCUCACGGGCCACAAAAGUCCAGUCACUGCCGUGUGUGCCAAGGGCGGAGGCAGUGACCUGCGCCUCUGGACGGUGAACGGUGACCUGAUUGGUCAUGUCCACUGCAGAGAGACCAUCUGCUCGGUGGCCUUCUCCAACCAGCCCGAGGGCGUGUCUGUCAACGUCAUCGCCGGUGGUCUGGAGAACGGUGUCGUCAGGUUGUGGAGCACCUGGGAUUUGAAACCAGUCAGAGAGAUCACAUUCCCGAAGUCAAGUAAACCCAUCAUCAGGUAUUUCAUCAGGCACUACAGCGUGUUUCACACGGUGCCUCAUGCUGGUUUGGUCUGGAGUCUGUUGGUGUUAGUGAGGAGAGCCUUUUCCCCCCCUGUCCACCUCAGCCUGACGUACUCGUGUGACGGCCACCACCUCUACACCGCCAACAGCGAGGGCACGGUGAUGGCCUGGUGUCGGCGGGACCAGCAGCGCAUGAAGCUCCCCAUGUUCUACUCCUUCCUGAGCAGUUACGCUGCAGGCUGA